AUGUAUAUACAGUACAGGCUUUUUAGUGAACACUCGCUGUGGAGGCUUCUAGAAAUAAACAAGAAUGAAAAUUACAUUUUAGUAAAUGAAUUAAAAAGCAUUAUUUGCAAACAGAGCAAUAUCAAUUAUAACAAUAAGAUUGAUAUAUACUUUUCAUUAUACAAAGAUGAAGAAGGUACGAAUGAAUAUUUAAGCAGUAAUAAAUGUACUGAAAAUGAAAUAAAAUAUUUGAAUGCAGAUGAUAAGAUUUAUAAUGGGACAAAAAUUCUAGUUCAUAGGGAUGUUAAAAAAAAGAGUACGGUUACAGAUAUAACACAUAAAGCUAAAAAAGAAAUAAUAAUAAAUGUAGAAGAAAAACAAAAAGUAAAUAUACCUACUGAAUUUCUUUGCAAAUUAUGUAAUCUUAUAUUAGUGGAAUCUCAUAUUAUUGUUUGUAAUAAUAAUUGUGGUUAUUCUGUGUGUAAGAGCUGUAUUUUAUUUUAUAUAUUAAAUACAUUGAUAGUACAAAAUGAGAACAGAGGGAACGUUAUUGAUGUGUCUCUGUUAAAUAAUAAGGGCACUGUUGUAAGAUGCCCUAUAUGCAAUGGAAUUUUAAAGCAUUGUAUUUUAAAUAAAAAAAUGGAACAAACGUUAAAAAAAUUACAGUAUGAAAGAAGCGAUAUAGACGUGUUUAAUAUGAACGUGGAGGAGAGGAAUAACAAGUUUAUGAAGAUUAUUGAGAAACUGAAAAUAGAAAAUUUUGACUACUCAAGUGUUAGUAGUAGUAGUGCAGUUAGUAGCAGUGUAGUUAGUAACGGUGCAGUUAACAACGGUGCAGUUAACAACGGUGCAGUUAACAACAGUACUACAUGCAACCUAUUUGACAGUGAGUUUUUCAAAAUAAUUAAAGAGAAAUUUUUCUAUUCAAAUGCAAAUAAAAAUAUGAACGUGUCAGAAAAAAGUGAAGAAAAUAAAAUUUUCAAUCACUUUCUUUAUUUGAUCGAAAGCAAUAAAUUAAAUUGCAUGAAGGAAUAUAAUAUGAUAUACAUCGACUGCGACAGUUGCAUUUUCGAUGCAAUACAGAAGAUGAACGUGAAAUGUAUAUAUGAGCAGAUGCACAUCAAGGGGAAAGAAGUAACACGGAAGUCGGAGCUAGACGCCUCGGGGGGGGUGCAGGUGAGUGGUGAUUGUAGCGGAGGUGUUAGCGGAGAUGUUAGCGGAGGUGUUAGCGGAGGUGUUAGCGGAGGUGUUAACGGCAGUAAUGAUGAACACGAUGACAGUAUGGGAAAUAUGAAACCCCACCUGAAUAAUUCGGCCACUUUUAACCGUAUGGCAAAUUCUACGCAUGAUGAUUAUGCAAAGGCUUGCGCAAAGGAAAAAGUAAAAGAGACAAGAACACGUCCAUCUGGAUACGAUAUACAAGGGAAUAAAGAAAACGAAAGUGAAAAAAGGAGCAAAGGAAAUACACAAAAUGAUACAUGUAGUAAUAACAUAAAUGGGGAAGGUGGUGGUGAAAAUGAAAACUCAACGGAUGAAGUAAAUGAAAAAUUAUAUAAUGAAAAUAAAAUAUAUAUUAUGCCUAUGUCAUUUGUCGGGGGGGAAACAUCAUAUUCAAUAAUUGGUGUUUAUUACAUAAAAGAUUUAUUUACAACUGUUAGUGAAAAAAGUAAUUGCAAAAAUGAAGAUACCAUAAAUAACAAUGGAAGUAGCACAAUUCAAAAGAGAAGAUUGAUUAUACUUAAUUUUUUGAAGAAAUGGUUUAUCGUUGAAAAUAAAAAUGAUGAUAAUAUUUUAGAAAAAUUAAAUUAUGGUAAUAUAUAUCAAAUUGAAUAUGUCAAUAAGUACGAAAAGACAUAUUUUUUCCCAGCUAGAAAACAACCAUUAUAUAAUAUUAUUAAUACUAAAAGACAAAAAGCUAAGAAAAAAAAUAAUAUUGAAAUUAUUCUAGAUUUAAAAAAAUUCUGUGAUGUUAUAUUGAAUGUAGAAAAUUACAUUAAGUAUGGUAGUAGACCUAACAACUAUGAAAUGAAAAAUGUAGGUGCAACUGCUACUAUCAGAACUGAGGAUGAUGGAAAGAAAAAUUUUUCCCUAUUAAGGGAAAAACCAGAUAAAGAUCUUUCCCUGAAUAAUGCCCAAGAUAGUGAUGUAAAUACAAGAGUAUGUGGAGAAUGGAAAACGGAACAAGCCGCUUUUGUGCCCACGCCCCUUGUUAAUGCUGCUGUGUGUAGUGGCCCCCCGUCCACAGGUGCCUUAACGAAACAAGACCAGUUUCAGGAGAUUUACGAAAUUCUGUAUGACACGAAAAUUGUACCUGUAUCAAUUAAUAAAAAUUUUAAUAUACAGAAUCCAUACGCAGAUUAUUGUGCCCUACUACCCUUUUUAACAAAAGAUGAUUUUUUGCUCAUUCGAAAAUUACAGAGAAUUUAUAAAGAAAAAUACUUGAAGCAGUUGUAUAAACAUAUUAAGGAAAAUAAUUUAAAUAUGACUAUAUUUUUUAAUGCAGUUAAUUCUGUUUUCUUCACAAGUUGUGAUCAGUAG